AAUGUAUUUGUAUACAAAUAGCAGAAUAGUUUCGGUGUUGAAAUUAAUGUGAAUAUUCAUACUGUAUAUUCGAUGUAUGUGACGGAACAUAGAUGAACCAAUUGCAGUUAGUAUGAAUGUGUUUUUCUGUAUUUUUUGGUCGUAUUACGUAGUAUGGCUUCUGCAUACUUGCCGGUUGAAACAAUUUUAAAGGUGGAUGAAAGUGAAUUGUUACUUGCAGAAAAUGUAAAACUUGAACAGCCAAUUCCUUUACCUUCUACUAAUUAUGUCUCCAUAGGCACUCAGUGCGAUUGGGAAAUUGAAUCGCCUGAUUCUAAAUCUUAUGAUCUCCCACCUCUGAAUGACAAAAAUGAUGCAGGAAUGGCAGUAGUUAGUUCAGAUAACAUUCUGCUUGGUGAAAAAAAUGCUAAUGAAGUAGCUAUGGUAAUGAAAGGAUGGCCAUCCCACUCAGAAUCAAAUCAAUCUCCAGACCCGAAAAUGUUACUUCCUACGCAUUUUUCUCAGCAGUUUUCUUGUAAUAUACAACCAUUGCCUAUUGAUGAAAAGUUUUUUCUGCAAUUUGAUUACAAGACACGGAACAAAUUAAAAACUAAACAAAGACGAAUGGAUCCAUAUUAUAGAUCUCAAGAAAGAGUCCGUCAAAGAACAGUUAUGCGUCUUAAACGUCAAGAUCCAAGGUUUAGGGCGGCAGAGCGUGAGAAAGGACGUUAUCGAAUGCGCUUAAAACGAUUAGACCCCGUUUUUCGUUCUCAAGAAAGAGAGCGACAGCGUGAACGAAUGAAAUUGAAAAGAAGUGAUCCAGGAUUCCGAGAAAGAGAAAGGGAACAACAGAAGUCAAGACUGCAUGUGAAAAGAUUAGAUCCUUCAUUUAAAACAAAAGAUGAUCAAAUACGGCUUUGUAUUAAACGUCAAAAUAACGGCUCUUAUUCCACAGUUGAUGUUGAUAAAAAUAAAACAAAUCCUAAUAUUAGUUUAGUCGCAGAAAACCAAGCAUCAAAACAUAGUUUGGAUCCUGUUGACGUUGAUAAUCCCGUUGAAAUGCGAAACACUCAAGCUGUAUUUCCUGAAAACAUCAAUUCUAAAUUACUGUCCCUCAAACCUAAAGAGUCAGUUCUAGAAUCAUUUCAUUUCAAAAAACAGCAAAUUUUGAAUUUUAAUUUCUAUAACAGUACUAAAGAACAAUGGGCUUCUCAUGAUGAAUUGUGUUCUAAAACUAUUGCAGAUUUUAAUGUUAGUCAUGAAACUGAAACACACAAACAGGAGCCUGUUGAGGGUGAUGCAAUCAAUGUUUUACAAGGAGAUAUUUCUACUAUUUCAAAAAAAUUAACUGUUAAGGAAGAAGUCCAAUCUGAAAACAUAAUAAAUAUCAAAUCAGAAGAAUUGUCUGGAUUAGAACCACAAGAGCAAAAAAAUUCUGAUGAGGAUUCUGCAGUUGUUCUUGGAUAUUCUUUGCCAUUAUGUACUGGAAAAUGAACUCUCAUUUCAUUUAAUGAAAGAGAAUUUUAAAGUUCCUAUAAAUAUCUUGUGGACUAACUACUAGCUACAGUUUGUCUUUGUCACAUGUUUUGAAGCAUGAAUAUGAUACUCUCAAGUUUUUGAAAGCUGAAUUGCGACAAAAAUACUCUGAAAAUGCCCACUUUACGUUAUCAAUUCAUUAAUCACAGAUUUUCAACUUCCCUUAAAUUUCAUACUUUAAUCUUUUAUUCCAUUAUAUGAUGAAAAGUAUUACAAUUGAAAUAGAUAUGUCAAUGGCAAAUUAAGUGUUACAGUUCUCUCCCAUCCCGAUCUUAAAUUAAAAAGUUUAUUUGUACAUUUCGCUAUAUUUAUCGAAUAUUCUUCAUUGAGAGUUAACAAUCUUAUACAAAUAUUUGAAGUUGCUUUUUAGUCAUAUCCUACAAUCGCAGUUGAGAUAGUGGAAACAUGUCUCUUUAUCAAGUACAUUGUAGGGGAAAAUUAAAAUCUUGGGCUACUAAUAAACGUCUUGAUUGUGCACUUAAAAUUCACACAGUGCAUAUCCAUUAAGUAGGGAAAGGGUUAGUUAGAGAGCCAUGGAGCCUACAACACUAGCUUGAAUCAUAAAGAAAUUCUGCAUUUGGUGCAGUUUUUGCUUAUUUUUUGUUUCCCUAUCAAAAAUAAUUUUCUUCCUAGUACAUUUUUAUCAUCUAGCUAUAAUAUUUGAGGAAAGGGAAAUAUUUUCAGUUUAAUAUGUGUUAUUAAGAUGGAUAAUUUCUUUUUUUAACCGAAUAGUCAAAUGAAAUGCCUAUUUUAGGUUGUUUAUAAUAAUCGGACCUCCGAUAUAAUUGCAAAUUAAUCCAUUGAUUUACAUGCACUUGUUAAAGAAUCUUGUAAAGAUUCUUUAACAGGCGCAUGUAAAUCAAUUGCGCUUGUUAAUGAUUAUACAGAUAUUAAGUGAUGCUUAUUUAGUACCAUUCAAAUAUUUAAAAAAUCAAGUAUCUGCCAUCAAAUGCAAGAAAUUUUGUAAAAAAUAAUAGCUGACAAUACAUUUGUGGAAGAGUAAUAUUCAGCUUUUAAAGAUUUAUCUCUUGUGUCACUACGGGAUUUUGAGACUGGCCAAAUGUUGAUGUCUUUAUUGCUAUCUUCCUCAAGAAAAUGUAAUGCAUAAAAGUUGUAAUAAAUUAAUUUAAGGAUGAGGUUAUUUGAAAGUACUGUACUGUGAUUAAGUUAAAUAUUUGUACCAUAAGUCUCUCGAAAUGAUUUUUUUUUCUCUUAAGUUCAGUUUAUUUCUUUGACAGUCCAUUUUUAGGGAAAAAUAUGGUGAUAUGAGUAAUGGGUAAUGCUCUGGGUAAUUAUUUGCAUAUGAUUAUUGUGAAGAAUGUUUGUAGAGAUUAAGUAAUGAGCUGUGCAGGUUGUAUUUUUAUCUAUUUGCAAAUUUUUCACCUUGGAACAAAAAGAGAUUUCAGCUAGAAAGUUUUUCGAAUGUUAUCAAGAAUUCUUAUAUACAUUAUAACUUCUUUAUAAUUAUUCUUUGAAGAAAUUUAUUUAUCAUUUAUUGCCAUUAGCAAUAAGUAAGAAAAUAUAUAUAUUGCGGCGUAGGUUAACAUUAAGAAUAUAAAUAAAUUUUGCUUUGUAAAAGCAACAACAGCUUAUUAAUUUAAUCAAAACUAAAGCAAGUGCUGUUGAUCGUGCAAUAUAAUCAUGAAAUAAGCAGAUAAGCAGAGCUAUAUGUGUCCCUCCUACACAUCCUCCUACGCAUCCCAUAAUGCAAUGCGAUUGUAAUGAAAAUGAGAUGAUAUGCUGUUCUUUUAAGCUGUGCGCGUGAAUGUCGUCUUUUCUUUGUGUUUGUUUAGCGUGAAAUGUGAUUAUUAAAGAAUUGCUCUCGAAAACAUACGCCCUAUUGCUUCCACUACACGGAUCAUAAUGAUCUUCAUUCCAUCGCAAAUUUUAUUUUUAAUUAUCCAAUUUAUAAAAAAUAUAAAAAUGAGUAUGUCAAAAAUUCA